CCUCAAUUCAUACGUAGUACUCGGAAGGGUGCAAGGUGUUUAAUUCAGCUGACUGACUCAGGAGUCAGGACGCGGUCCGUUGUCAUCUGCUUCUUUAAUGCUUCGUCUUCCUCUAUUCGUCCGUCAACGGUUGUCUUCGCAUCCUUUGUUCGCUUCGCAAAUUCCUCCGCCCUUCCUCCAAAUUCUUUUUCUAAUAUUUUCCCCCCUUUUUAUCCCAAACGACGACUAAAAAUUAAAAUAAAAUGUUUGAUUACUUUCCUAUAACUAGACUCCUUGGACUUCUUCAUAUCUGGAAAAAACCACAUAACUUUCGCGAACUUUAUGUAUAAUUGUUGGUACUAGAUUACUGAAUCAAUUUCAGAAGAGAAAUCAUGAGUCAUUGGAAGAUCAUGACUUUCUUGUCCUUGCUUUAUUUGAUCUGGGCUGUUCCACAACGAUCAUGCGCUGCAUCUCUAUUUCAUGCUCGGCGGAACCUAGCCCUACAAGGUGACAAAUUCAACCGAAAACCCGUUCAAGAGGCAAGUCCGUCACCGAGCCCUGGUCCGGCAGUUGCUAAAUCAAAUUCUGGGGAUGGUUACUUUCGGGGCAAUCCACCCAAGACAGAGGCAAGUCCUUCCCCGAGCCCUGGUCCAGAAGCCGCUAAAUCAAAAUCUGUGGAUCAUAACAUUGAGGGCAAUGAACCCAAAAAGAAAGAGGUAGUUGCCCAGGAAAUAUGUGACUUGAAUUUCCAGAAAUGCCAUGAUGAUGUUACCAAUGUCACAGCCUGCCUUCUUCCCAAAGAUGAAGAUGCUAACAGUGGACUGUUUCUUCUUGUCCACAAUGAUGGUCAGAGCUCCGUGAAACUGAAUGUUACACUUCUUCCAGUAAAUUCAUCCCAAAAUGAUGUAGAUAUACUGGCACACAAAGUAAGAAAGAUCAAUGUCUCAUCUAUUGCUAGCGGAAGCUCAUCAAUUGUAGUAAAUGCUGGUAAUUGGUCUUGCGUAAUCGAAAGAGGUGUUCGAAUUCCACCUGGCCUCCCCUCUUACACUGCAUAUGUAAAGCCCAUAAAUGGGGCCUACCUACUCCUUGCAACAGCUCUACUUAUAGGAGUUAUGUGGGCAUGCUGCAAGAUCGGGAGAGAUGGAAGGCAUCUCAAUGGCGUUCCAUACCAGGAACUUGAGAUGGGGCAGCAAGGCCCUGGUUCAUCAAGGAACGUGGAAACAUUAGAAGAAAGUUGGGACCAGAGCUGGGAUGAUGACUGGGAUGAAGAAGUGACAGUGAAGUCGCCCGGUGGAAAUCACUUAGGAAGUAGACGCGCCAAUGGGGUUGAUUCCAAUGGGUGGGGAAGUGACUGGAAUGAUCAGUGAAGACACAAUUAGACCCUUUCUCAUGACCCUCCAAGCGGGGAAAGACAGGAGAAGGCAAAGAGAAAUAGAUGUAAAAGAUUAGGAAUAGUGGGUGGAAGAAAAUUUUGUCUCAAAUUUGUGCGCCAUCACGUACAGGAAUUAUAUGAAGCACCAGCUUCAACAGUUUUGGUCCAUUUAAAACCCUUUUUUUUUCCUUUUUGGGGGGAAUUUCUUUUGACGAAUAUGAAAGUCUUUUCUUUUCACCUCUUUUGUUGUCC